AUGCCACCCGUGCCCAGGCCGUGUCCGUGGAUUAUUACUACACUUUGCCUUUACGCGUCGACUUUAAUCCAGAGCGGAGAGGCGCAGAACCCGAAAGAAGUGAUUUUGCUGGACUCCAAGGCCCAGCAGACAGAACUGGAGUGGAUCUCCUAUCCUCCCAACGGGUGGGAAGAGAUCAGCGGCCUGGACGAGAACUACACUCCCAUCCGCACCUACCAAGUGUGCCAAGUCAUGGAGCCCAAUCAGAACAACUGGCUGCGGACUAACUGGAUAGAGAAGGGCGACGCUCAGAGAAUAUUUAUCGAGUUGAAGUUUACCUUGAGGGAUUGUAACAGCCUGCCCGGAGUGGUGGGGUCCUGCAAGGAGACUUUCAACCUUUAUUACCAAGAAACCGAUUCGGAAGUUGGGCGAGGCUUGCGGGAGACCCAGUACGUCAAGAUCGACACCAUCGCGGCAGACGAAAGCUUCACCCAGGGCGAUUUGGGAGAGCGAAAGAUGAAACUGAACACGGAGGUGCGGAUCAUUGGGCCGCUGUCUCGCCGAGGAUUCUACUUGGCCUUCCAGGACGUGGGCGCGUGCAUAGCCUUGGUCUCCGUCAAAGUCUACUACAAAAAGUGUUGGUCCAUCAUCGAAAACUUGGCCACGUUCCCGGACACGGUGACCGGCUCCGAGUUCAGCUCCCUGGUGGAGGUGGAAGGGGUGUGCGUGAGCGAUGCCGAGGAGGAGGCCGACAAUUCUCCCAAGAUGCACUGCAGCGCCGAGGGGGAGUGGCUGCUCGAGGAGGACUGGGAGAUGUGGGGGAGAUGUGAGGGAGAUGUGGGGGGGGGGGGGGGGGGGGGGGGGGGGGGGGGGGGGGGGGGGGGGGGGGGGGGGGGGGGGGGGGGGGGGGGGGGGGGGGGGGGGGGGGGGGGGGGGGGGGGGGGGGGGGGGGGGGGGGGGGGGGGGGGGGGGGGGGGGGGGGGGGGGGGGGGGGGGGGGGGGGGGGGGGGGGGGGGGGGGGGGGGGGGGGGGGGGGGGGGGGGGGGGGGGGGGGGGGGGGGGGGGGGGGGGGGGGGGGGGGGGGGGGGGGGGGGGGGGGGGGGGGGGGGGGGGGGGGGGGGGGGGGGGGGGGGGGGGGGGGGGGGGGGGGGGGGGGGGGGGGGGGGGGGGGGGGGGGGGGGGGGGGGGGGGGGGGGGGGGGGGGGGGGGGGGGGGGGGGGGGGGGGGGGGGGGGGGGGGGGGGGGGGGGGGGGGGGGGGGGGGGGGGGGGGGGGGGGGGGGGGGGGGGGGGGGGGGGGGGGGGGGGGGGGGGGGGGGGGGGGGGGGGGGGGGGGGGGGGGGGGGGGGGGGGGGGGGGGGGGGGGGGGGGGGGGGGGGGGGGGGGGGGGGGGGGGGGGGGGGGGGGGGGGGGGGGGGGGGGGGGGGGGGGGGGGGGGGGGGGGGGGGGGGGGGGGGGGGGGGGGGGGGGGGGGGGGGGGGGGGGGGGGGGGGGGGGGGGGGGGGGGGGGGGGGGGGGGGGGGGGGGGGGGGGGGGGGGGGGGGGGGGGGGGGGGGGGGGGGGGGGGGGGGGGGGGGGGGGGGGGGGGGGGGGGGGGGGGGGGGGGGGGGGGGGGGGGGGGGGGGGGGGGGGGGGGGGGGGGGGGGGGGGGGGGGGGGGGGGGGGGGGGGGGGGGGGGGGGGGGGGGGGGGGGGGGGGGGGGGGGGGGGGGGGGGGGGGGGGGGGGGGGGGGGGGGGGGGGGGGGGGGGGGGGGGGGGGGGGGGGGGGGGGGGGGGGGGGGGGGGGGGGGGGGGGGGGGGGGGGGGGGGGGGGGGGGGGGGGGGGGGGGGGGGGGGGGGGGGGGGGGGGGGGGGGGGGGGGGGGGGGGGGGGGGGGGGGGGGGGGGGGGGGGGGGGGGGGGGGGGGGGGGGGGGGGGGGGGGGGGGGGGGGGGGGGGGGGGGGGGGGGGGGGGGGGGGGGGGGGGGGGGGGGGGGGGGGGGGGGGGGGGGGGGGGGGGGGGGGGGGGGGGGGGGGGGGGGGGGGGGGGGGGGGGGGGGGGGGGGGGGGGGGGGGGGGGGGGGGGGGGGGGGGGGGGGGGGGGGGGGGGGGGGGGGGGGGGGGGGGGGGGGGGGGGGGGGGGGGGGGGGGGGGGGGGGGGGGGGGGGGGGGGGGGGGGGGGGGGGGGGGGGGGGGGGGGGGGGGGGGGGGGGGGGGGGGGGGGGGGGGGGGGGGGGGGGGGGGGGGGGGGGGGGGGGGGGGGGGGGGGGGGGGGGGGGGGGGGGGGGGGGGGGGGGGGGGGGGGGGGGGGGGGGGGGGGGGGGGGGGGGGGGGGGGGGGGGGGGGGGGGGGGGGGGGGGGGGGGGGGGGGGGGGGGGGGGGGGGGGGGGGGGGGGGGGGGGGGGGGGGGGGGGGGGGGGGGGGGGGGGGGGGGGGGGGGGGGGGGGGGGGGGGGGGGGGGGGGGGGGGGGGGGGGGGGGGGGGGGGGGGGGGGGGGGGGGGGGGGGGGGGGGGGGGGGGGGGGGGGGGGGGGGGGGGGGGGGGGGGGGGGGGGGGGGGGGGGGGGGGGGGGGGGGGGGGGGGGGGGGGGGGGGGGGGGGGGGGGGGGGGGGGGGGGGGGGGGGGGGGGGGGGGGGGGGGGGGGGGGGGGGGGGGGGGGGGGGGGGGGGGGGGGGGGGGGGGGGGGGGGGGGGGGGGGGGGGGGGGGGGGGGGGGGGGGGGGGGGGGGGGGGGGGGGGGGGGGGGGGGGGGGGGGGGGGGGGGGGGGGGGGGGGGGGGGGGGGGGGGGGGGGGGGGGGGGGGGGGGGGGGGGGGGGGGGGGGGGGGGGGGGGGGGGGGGGGGGGGGGGGGGGGGGGGGGGGGGGGGGGGGGGGGGGGGGGGGGGGGGGGGGGGGGGGGGGGGGGGGGGGGGGGGGGGGGGGGGGGGGGGGGGGGGGGGGGGGGGGGGGGGGGGGGGGGGGGGGGGGGGGGGGGGGGGGGGGGGGGGGGGGGGGGGGGGGGGGGGGGGGGGGGGGGGGGGGGGGGGGGGGGGGGGGGGGGGGGGGGGGGGGGGGGGGGGGGGGGGGGGGGGGGGGGGGGGGGGGGGGGGGGGGGGGGGGGGGGGGGGGGGGGGGGGGGGGGGGGGGGGGGGGGGGGGGGGGGGGGGGGGGGGGGGGGGGGGGGGGGGGGGGGGGGGGGGGGGGGGGGGGGGGGGGGGGGGGGGGGGGGGGGGGGGGGGGGGGGGGGGGGGGGGGGGGGGGGGGGGGGGGGGGGGGGGGGGGGGGGGGGGGGGGGGGGGGGGGGGGGGGGGGGGGGGGGGGGGGGGGGGGGGGGGGGGGGGGGGGGGGGGGGGGGGGGGGGGGGGGGGGGGGGGGGGGGGGGGGGGGGGGGGGGGGGGGGGGGGGGGGGGGGGGGGGGGGGGGGGGGGGGGGGGGGGGGGGGGGGGGGGGGGGGGGGGGGGGGGGGGGGGGGGGGGGGGGGGGGGGGGGGGGGGGGGGGGGGGGGGGGGGGGGGGGGGGGGGGGGGGGGGGGGGGGGGGGGGGGGGGGGGGGGGGGGGGGGGGGGGGGGGGGGGGGGGGGGGGGGGGGGGGGGGGGGGGGGGGGGGGGGGGGGGGGGGGGGGGGGGGGGGGGGGGGGGGGGGGGGGGGGGGGGGGGGGGGGGGGGGGGGGGGGGGGGGGGGGGGGGGGGGGGGGGGGGGGGGGGGGGGGGGGGGGGGGGGGGGGGGGGGGGGGGGGGGGGGGGGGGGGGGGGGGGGGGGGGGGGGGGGGGGGGGGGGGGGGGGGGGGGGGGGGGGGGGGGGGGGGGGGGGGGGGGGGGGGGGGGGGGGGGGGGGGGGGGGGGGGGGGGGGGGGGGGGGGGGGGGGGGGGGGGGGGGGGGGGGGGGGGGGGGGGGGGGGGGGGGGGGGGGGGGGGGGGGGGGGGGGGGGGGGGGGGGGGGGGGGGGGGGGGGGGGGGGGGGGGGGGGGGGGGGGGGGGGGGGGGGGGGGGGGGGGGGGGGGGGGGGGGGGGGGGGGGGGGGGGGGGGGGGGGGGGGGGGGGGGGGGGGGGGGGGGGGGGGGGGGGGGGGGGGGGGGGGGGGGGGGGGGGGGGGGGGGGGGGGGGGGGGGGGGGGGGGGGGGGGGGGGGGGGGGGGGGGGGGGGGGGGGGGGGGGGGGGGGGGGGGGGGGGGGGGGGGGGGGGGGGGGGGGGGGGGGGGGGGGGGGGGGGGGGGGGGGGGGGGGGGGGGGGGGGGGGGGGGGGGGGGGGGGGGGGGGGGGGGGGGGGGGGGGGGGGGGGGGGGGGGGGGGGGGGGGGGGGGGGGGGGGGGGGGGGGGGGGGGGGGGGGGGGGGGGGGGGGGGGGGGGGGGGGGGGGGGGGGGGGGGGGGGGGGGGGGGGGGGGGGGGGGGGGGGGGGGGGGGGGGGGGGGGGGGGGGGGGGGGGGGGGGGGGGGGGGGGGGGGGGGGGGGGGGGGGGGGGGGGGGGGGGGGGGGGGGGGGGGGGGGGGGGGGGGGGGGGGGGGGGGGGGGGGGGGGGGGGGGGGGGGGGGGGGGGGGGGGGGGGGGGGGGGGGGGGGGGGGGGGGGGGGGGGGGGGGGGGGGGGGGGGGGGGGGGGGGGGGGGGGGGGGGGGGGGGGGGGGGGGGGGGGGGGGGGGGGGGGGGGGGGGGGGGGGGGGGGGGGGGGGGGGGGGGGGGGGGGGGGGGGGGGGGGGGGGGGGGGGGGGGGGGGGGGGGGGGGGGGGGGGGGGGGGGGGGGGGGGGGGGGGGGGGGGGGGGGGGGGGGGGGGGGGGGGGGGGGGGGGGGGGGGGGGGGGGGGGGGGGGGGGGGGGGGGGGGGGGGGGGGGGGGGGGGGGGGGGGGGGGGGGGGGGGGGGGGGGGGGGGGGGGGGGGGGGGGGGGGGGGGGGGGGGGGGGGGGGGGGGGGGGGGGGGGGGGGGGGGGGGGGGGGGGGGGGGGGGGGGGGGGGGGGGGGGGGGGGGGGGGGGGGGGGGGGGGGGGGGGGGGGGGGGGGGGGGGGGGGGGGGGGGGGGGGGGGGGGGGGGGGGGGGGGGGGGGGGGGGGGGGGGGGGGGGGGGGGGGGGGGGGGGGGGGGGGGGGGGGGGGGGGGGGGGGGGGGGGGGGGGGGGGGGGGGGGGGGGGGGGGGGGGGGGGGGGGGGGGGGGGGGGGGGGGGGGGGGGGGGGGGGGGGGGGGGGGGGGGGGGGGGGGGGGGGGGGGGGGGGGGGGGGGGGGGGGGGGGGGGGGGGGGGGGGGGGGGGGGGGGGGGGGGGGGGGGGGGGGGGGGGGGGGGGGGGGGGGGGGGGGGGGGGGGGGGGGGGGGGGGGGGGGGGGGGGGGGGGGGGGGGGGGGGGGGGGGGGGGGGGGGGGGGGGGGGGGGGGGGGGGGGGGGGGGGGGGGGGGGGGGGGGGGGGGGGGGGGGGGGGGGGGGGGGGGGGGGGGGGGGGGGGGGGGGGGGGGGGGGGGGGGGGGGGGGGGGGGGGGGGGGGAGGUGUGGGGGAGAUGUGGGGGAGAUGUGGGGGAGAUGUGGAGGAGAGGUGGAGGAGGUGUGGGGGAGGUUUGGAGGAGAUGUGGGGGAGAUGUGGGCCUCCCAAGGCCAUUUCUCACAGUUCAACUUUUUUACCCCUUUGUCCUCCGCACCCCGGCCCCACACCCCGGCCCCGCACCCCGGCCCCGCACCCCGGCCCCGCACCCCGGCCCCGCACCCCGGCCCCACACCCCGGCCCCACAGUGCAGCAGCCAGGAGCCAGGAGACUUAUCUCUAG